AUGUAUGAUCGUAUCAAUCUUACCCCUGCUCAACAACAACAACAACAGCAGCAGCAGCAAUUGCAAAGGAGGCAGAAUCGUGAUAACAAUACUCCCGCCACUGCUCAAUAUAUACCAACUUCUUCAACAACGUCGUCAUCAUCAUUAUCACAAAGAAAGAAUAAAUCAGUCCAAUAUCAAUUGAAAAAAGUAAUAGGUCAAGGUUCAUAUGGUGUAGUAUACAAGGCAAUAAACAAGAAAACUUCACAAUUAGUAGCCAUAAAGGAAAUAAAUUAUCACAACAACGACGAUUUAAAUGAAAUAAUGUCGGAAAUUGAUCUAUUGAAAAAUUUAAAUCAUACAAAUAUUGUCAAAUAUCAUGGAUUCAUUCAAAAAUCAUCAUCUUUAUAUAUUAUUUUGGAAUUUUGCUCCCUGGGUUCAUUGAAAAAUAUGAUAAGUUCAGGACAUGGAAUACCUGAAUUCAACGCAAAAACAUACAUUAAACAAACUUUAAAUGGAUUGAAUUAUUUACAUAAUCAAGGGGUCAUUCAUAGAGAUAUUAAAGCUGCUAAUUUAUUAUUAAAUGCUGAAAGGAUUGUUAAAUUAGCUGAUUUCGGUGUCUCUACAAGAGUAACAAAUACUGCAAUGACUUUAGCUGGGUCAUUGAAUUGGAUGUCUCCUGAAAUUUUGGGUAAUAGAGGUGCAUCUACAUUGAGUGAUAUUUGGUCAUUGGGGUCUACAGUAGUGGAAUUAUUGACUGGUGAUCCUCCAUUUAGUAAAUUGACUAAUACUACUAUUUCGUAUGCUAUUGAAAAUGAUAAUUAUAUACCUCCGGAUUCCAUGUCUUAUGAAGUGAAAGAUUUCUUGAGUAAAUGUUUUCAAAAAAACAUGUACAAAAGACCAACUGCAUUAGUCUUACUAAAUCAUCCAUGGAUAACUAAUGAAAAUGAAAAUAAAAAUAAAAAUAAAAGUGAAAAUAAAAAUAAAAACAAAAACGAACAUACCGCUCCCCCUGUCAUUAAAUCUAAUUUGAAUAAAAAAUUAAGUAAGUUUAAAGAAACAAAUUUUGCAACUGAUGAAUUUUGGGAUAAUGAUUUCGAAAAUGAUGAAAACCUUAUCCUAUCCAUAACAAAUAAUAAUGACAAUUCUCCAUUGAAAAAACAAUCUUCCUCUCCAUCAAAUGUGAUGGAAACUCCAAUUGCACAACGAAAUAUCAAUGGAAACGAAAAUGAAAUGAAAAAUAACCUUUGUCCCUCUCCUAUUAAAAAUACACCUGCAUUUAUGAAAAUAUCUCAUAAUAAUAAUAAUAUUCUUACACCAAAAAAUUCACGUUCAUCCCUUAACAACAAUACCAACACUAAUGAUAAUGAUAAUGAUAAUAAAGAUGUAUCAAAAAGUGAAGAUUAUUAUCUAAAUAAAAUACAAAAAGGUAAGUCAAUAAAAAAUUAUCUCCCAAUAAUCUUCCAAAAAUGUGAUCCAUACAAUUUAAUAGAAAUUAUCAUGCAAAUAAUGAUAAGUAUAAAUAAAGAUAGCGAUAAAAAAAAUACUAAACUAUUUUUAAAAAAUUUACAAUACCUAUUAGAAUAUGAUUAUCAAAGCAAUAAUUCUAAAUUAAAACAAAUUUUCAUAUCAAUUGGUGGGAUCCCAAUUUUAUUAAAUAACCCAAUCCUAUACGAAUCAAUCGUAUUCAAUUUUUUCGCUAAUAAUUCAAGUUCAAAUUCAAUUUCAACCUCAAAUGAUUCCAAAGAAAUUCUAAUACAAUGCGGUAUUAUGAAUCCUGAAAUUAUUAACAAGCUUAAGAAUACAAAAUUAUAUUGGCAAUUAAUAUAUAAUUUCAUGGAACAUUUAAAUUCUUCUUUAUCAUCCGCUUCUUCCUUAAAAAUCUGGUCAAAUUGGUGUCAAAAUAAUUUAUCAGUAUCAUCAUUAAUCAAUAACUUAAAUGAUAAAAACUGCAAAACAAUCUUAUUAAGAUUAUCAACAGUGUCUCCCGUUUGGUUUGCUAAAAAUUUCUUACCUCAUAUUGUUAAUUCAAAUUGCAUCACAAAUAAUACUGAUCCACAAAUAUUAUAUGUGGUUUUAAAAUCAAUAACUUGUAUGUUUCAAGCAACAUUUUCUACAGCACAUUCUAAUUUAAAUCCUUCAUUCCCACGUAGUGGUUCAAAUGUAAAUUCAUCUCCAACAAAAUCCCCAUACUUAUCACCAAUAAGAAUGUCUCCUUCAUCAUCACCUUCUCGUGGUGCUGUUUCUUUAGUGAUGAUGACCGCAUCUCCUGGUACAUCAUCACCAUCUUCUUCUUCUUCAUGUUCUUCUUCGUCCUCGUCAUCUUCUCAAUCAUGUAUGAUCAAUGCGUCGAAAUUUAAAUUACCAGAAAAUUUUACCAAUUGGUUAUUAGAUUUCUUAACUGAUAAUAAAUUAAUUAUGACGGGAAAUGUUCAUCUAUGGAAAUAUUUCAUUAAAUUACUUUCAUAUUUGACACAUUUAAAUAAUCCCCUAUUAAUUCAAUUGAAAUAUAAUAUUGAUUUUAUUAACUUUAGUAAUAAUUUAUUGAAAUUUUAUGAAUCUAUUAAAACUUCUGACAGUCACACCAAGAAAAGUACCAACAUGUUGGCAAAGAAGAAUUCAAUAAAAUCUAUUAUUCAACAAUUACUUACAAUAUUAUCGGAAAUAUCAUCAAAUGAAAACACAAAUCAAAAUCCAAAAGAAAACAUACACAAAUUUCAUCAUCCUUCACAAGAAAUUUCCUCAUUAAAUGAAUCAUUCAUAAACUUGGCAUUAAAUUAUUUACAUAAUGAUGAUUUUAUUGUUGAAGGAUUAGAUUUAAUCUUACAAAAUUUUUCAAUAAUUCAAAACGACCAACUCAAGAAAUUAUCAAAUCAUUUAACAAACGCAUUUUAUCAAUUUGGAAACUCAACAAAUGAUGAUGACAUUGAUUUCAACAAAUUUAUCAAAAUUUUCAUUAAAUUUUGUUCAAUGACAUCAUCAUCAUCAUCAUCAUCAUUAUCAUUACUAGAUUUAAAUUAUAAACUCAUAUCAAACGGAUUAUUUUUCCAAAGGAUUGAAAUGUUUUUUCAAAAUUAUUUUAAUAGUUUAUUAAUUCAAAUUGAUCUUUUAAAAUUCGUCAAAAUAAUCUUUAUGAAUUCAUUACAAUUUGCCACCGAAAAAGAAGAAGAUAUUGACGAGGACAUGUUAUUAAUCGUUAAUAAAAAAUUAUAUGAAAUUAAUACUUUUUUACAAAAUAAUUGGAAGACAGGAAACAAGAUUGAGGAUGGGAAAGUUGGUAGUGAUUCAAUUUUAAUUCAUCAAUUAUGUAAUAAUAUUCAAAAAUUAUUAGUGAAAUCCAAUAAGAAAAUAAUGAUAGAGAAGGGGAAUAUUGUGUCUUGA